CUCUAGAACCAGCUGCCAUGGUUUCACAUCUCCCCACCUGUAGGGUGCAACAUUAGCUAGCAAAGAAAGCACAAGGGUCUUCAACAAAAAAGAAGCAGAUCCAAGGAUCCAGUUUCUACAGCCAGUUAAAACCAAAGGAAAGAAACCAGAAAGAAUACGAAAAGGAUGGUAGAAAUAAAACAAAGUAUUAAGAUACCUGCUUUGUACUGUUUGAGAAGACAGAGUAAGAGCUUCCAAGCAAACUUGUCCAACUUCCACAAGGAGCAGCUUUACCAGAUUUUGAAGGAAGAGCAAAGGGACUUCAAGAAGGAAAUCAAAGCCUUCUGCAAAGCAAAUAAGAAUUUCCACAAUGAGGUAAGAGCCUUUCAAAAGGAGAGCAAAGCCUUAUGGAAGGAAAUCAACACCUUCCAGGAAAAUAACAAAGCUGUCAAAGAAGAGAUCAAGAAUGUUUUAGAACAGAGCAAGGACUUCUUACAAAAGAUUAGAGUCAUCCAGAUGAAAAAAAAUGUUUUCCAGAAACAAGUUGGUAACAUUCAGGAAAAGCUUGAAGAAUUCUGGAAUAAAAUGAAGGUUGCUGAGGAUUUGAUCCAGGUUCUUGAUGAAAAGAAUAAGGCUGUCCAGGAAGUGGUCAAGGCUUUCCUAAAACAGAAUCAAAAUAUCCAGGAAAAGAAUAAAGCAAUGUAUGAGAAGAACAAAGUCCUGCAGGGAAAGAAUAAAGCUAUGCAGGAAAAGAACAGGGCUUCCUGGAAGGACCAUAAAGUUCUCUGGAAGAAGGACAAGAUCUUCUGGGACGAAGAGAUGGCCAUCUCAAGCAGCAAACUCAUCCUCUGGGAAGAAUUCAUAGCUUUCAAGGAGAAUGACUGGAAAAUUCAAAAAGAAAAAGAAGCGUUGGGGGAUGUGGUGGAAGCCCUGCAGUAUGAGAAAUUUUCCCGCUUGAAAAAUGUUUAUAUUCUUGCAAGAGAGGAGAAACUACCUGAAACAGAAGAGGAAAAUCUUUGAGACAAGCACAGACCAGCUGUGGGCACUGGAAGUGAAGCCUCAGAGCAAAUCAGGCAGAUCUGAAACACGACUUCACUUUCAGUCAGAACGCAGAUGGGCUUUAAUUCUUUCACCCUAAAAUAUUGUUUUAGCUUCAUGUUUUCUUUUAAUGUGUUUGCUCUAUUUUAUUCUGAUUUAUUUAUCAUUUC